AUGACAGUUAUUAACGUAGGUAUCGUAGGUACAGGUAUUUUUGCUAGAGAUAGACAUUUACCAUCAUAUAAAGAGCUAAGUGAUAAGUUUAAAGUUGUUUCUUGUUAUAAUAGAACUAGAAGCAAGGCAGAGGAAUUUGCUAAGUUGGCCGAUAUCCCAAAAAAUAAAGUUUUCAACUCAAUUGAGGAGAUUGUGGCUGAUCCAGAAGUUGAACUUAUCGACGCUCUUGUCCCCGUCCAAUUUAACUUGGAUGUGGUCAAAACAUGUUUAAAAGCUGGGAAACCAGUUUCUUUGGAAAAACCAAUAGCAGCUACCAUGCAACAAGCACGUGCCUUGGUAAAAUUGACGGAUGAUUCGGAUGUACCAGUUUCAAUUGGUGAAAAUUGGUUGCAUUUGGAAUCUGUAGCCGCUUUAAAGAAAGCAGUGAAAGAGAUUGGACCGAUUGUUUCUUUUACUUAUAACUCUACAGGGGCCUUUGUAACCAAGAACAAGUAUUUGAGCACGUCAUGGCGCCAACAUCCAGAACACAUUGGUGGUUUUUUAUCUGAUGGUGGUGUUCAUCAGUUGGCUCUUUUAACCAGUGUCUUGGGUGAAAUUAAAUCAGUAUCUGCUUUGACGAAACAAGUUAGAAAAGAGUCCGGAGCGGAUGAUGUUGUUUUUUCCACUGUUAAAUUAAAGAGUGAUGUGAUUGGGACAUUCACCUAUGGGUCGGCUUUUGGACAAACAAGUAAAUGGACUAUUUUUAAAAUAUACGGGCUAAAUGGUUCCGUGUUUUUGGAUCUCUCAGAUAAAAGAGAACCUAAAAUCACUGUUCUUGUCGGUGGGUGCGCCGAAGAGAAUUUAAAAAACGAAACAAUAACAGUUAAAGAGGAUGAAUCUUUUGGUGUUAAUGCUGAAUUUGAAAAUUUUCAUCAGGCUGUCGUAGCUAAAGACAAAAAUUUAAUUUUAGGUACACCUAGAACCUGUUUCCAUCAUUUGGCUUGUGUAGCAGCCUUUUUAGAAUCCUCUAGUAAAAAUGGUGAUCAUGUUGAUGUUGAAACUGUUUAA